AUGUUAGAACCAAUCGCAGAUUUGGCUCGCCAGAUCGCUGAUCUGAGCCCCGGACCAGAAGAACACGAGGUCGCAGAAAAUCGAGGAGCACGCGAGGAAGACGUAGUCGUUGAUAUCGAAGGAUCUCAAAACCCAGAGUCAGCAGAUGAGUGGCAUGAAGGAAAUAUUCGUGACGAUUCUCCAAGGACUAUCUGUCCCUUUCUAAGGUUUUUUUUUGAUAUCACAUGCUAUGCGAUCGCAUUUACUUCGUGGAAAACAUUUUGCCGUAAAGUUCGAUACUCAGUCAAGCGGUUGAUGCACGAGGCGUAUAGACGUUACGGCCAUUCCAAGUCUUUUCACUGCAACCCUUGCGACUCACGCUCCGAGGGCAGCGUCUGGCUUCAUUGUAGCGUUACUCCGAAGCGGUGCAAAGCAUCGAAGCGAACUACUAUUCACUUCCUGCAAAUCGAGCCGCAACUGUCACUAAUACUUGGAAGGAUCCUCAGUCGCCUAAUUCAAAAUGACAGACAAAUUCAUGCCGGGGAUGACAGUGGCAAGCGGAGCGAAACCUAUUCAUUCCCAUGGUACAAGCGAUUCAUCGAAACGCACACGGACUUUGACGAAUGCAAGAUCAAUAUCAUCUUGACUAUUAAUUUCAACGGCGUCAAAGGGAGAACACUCACGGUCGCAAACCUGGCCUAUCUACCUUCGCAUCGAAGGUCUGCCGUUCAAGGAGAAAAACAAGGUCGAAAACAUAGUAUUGGCUGGCAAACGUUUUCAAAAAAGACCCCCACAGAAACUCUGCUGCGAGAAAUGUUUUCUCGACUUCGUAGCGAACUGGAGGCGCUGCUGGACAGCGGAAUUCCCAUUGUUGUAGAUGAUCGCACCUGGUUCAGCACCCCUGUACUGUCCAAAGGUGCCUUAAAAACACUAUACGACUUACCCCGCUGGCAGUCACAGAACGGUUGCCAUCUGUGCACUUUCGAGGGUGAAAGAAGGAUGAUGGAGAUCCUAAUGUUUAAUAACUGUAUACCAGACGCUCUACAUGUGAUCUCAGAAGGAAUAACGUGCGACGUUUUCCGAGGUUCCCGCUUAACUCUCCUCUUUCGUUUUCCAUGGGGCUUUAAAGCAAUCAGUUUAGCCAUGUUCUCUCCGAAAAGUCACGUUCCGGCCAUGAAAGUUCGUUCUGAGUGUCUGCAGGAGUUCUAUAGCUUCAUCACCGCAACUCGCAACUUUACAUACGCGGCCAAAUUCGUUUUGGGAAUGGACGACUUAUCAGGCAUCACUGGGUCUGAGAAGGACGCUGUAAUGGCCGUGCUCGCAUAUUGGACCCUGGUGCGCGUGUUGGAAAAGAGCGCAGAGCUGACGGUGCAUGAUUUCCCAGGAGUGCAGGAAUUGGCUAGCGCUAUGAAGAAUUUGUGGUACGCGAUCGAGCCGACUUUGUGCACAAUGAAGGGAGUGUCGUUGUGUUCCUCAUAA